CUUCCAUGUUAUCAUCGUCUUCCUGCAAGUCUAGCCUUUCGUUGAAUUGUAAUAUACCUUCCUGCUUGUUGAUCGCGCAAUCAUGAGGUCCCUGGCGGGCUUCCGCUCUCUCGCCGAACUCACCACGCUUACCCUGUUCAUCGCAUGUCUUACCAAUGCUCUUUCAUUAUCGUGGCCGAGCAUAAGCGCACGAGAUUUGAGAAAGAGAGCGAACACAACAACGAUCCCGGCGCCGAUAGUAGUGUCGCCGAGUCAAUACUGGGAUGGCAAUGAUGGGCCUUGGUCAUCAUUCGCACUGCAAGUUGGCACACCGGUGCAAAACGUGCGUACCUUGAUCUCGACGGCAUCCGAGUUCACCUGGACAAUUGGCGCGGCUGGCUGUCCAACAAACUACGUGCCGGACUGUGUUAACAGUCGCGGCUUUGUGUUCAACCCGAAUCAGUCCCUAACAUGGGUGCCAAACAGCAUCUUCUCUUUCGAGCUGGAAGACAACCUGGGAAAGGACACGACUGGUCCGGUGGGCUUCGACACUCUGACACUGGGCUGGCAAGGUGCAGGUGGACCCAAUGUCAAGCAUUCAACCAUCUUCAACAUUGCCGACAGUCAGUACUGGAUGGGUCAAUUCGGCCUCAAUCCACGGUCAACAAACUUCACUAACCUUAACGAUCCGCAACCGUCGUUCUUAACACAGCUCAAGAACAACAACUCCAUCCCUUCGCUAUCUUACGGCUACACAGCCGGCAACCAAUACCGUCUGAACAAGGUGUUUGGCUCAUUGACGCUCGGCGGAUAUGACCAGAAUCGGUUCGCUGCGACGAACGUGAGUUUCCCAUUUUACGAGGAUAUUAGUCGAGAUCUUCUGGUGUAUCUUAGAGGCGUCACGAGCGGUUCGACAAACCUGUUACCGAGCGGCACGAUCUCGAUCUUCAUCGAUUCAACAGUGCCGUGGAUCUAUCUGCCACUUGAUGCAUGCCAGGCAUUUGAAAAAGCAUUUGGACUGACAUACGAUCCGAAUGUCAACUUUUACCUUCUAAACAGCACUCAACGGACGAAUCUCCAAAACAGCAAUCCGAGUGUUACCUUCAGCAUAAGCCCGAACCAGACAGCUACCACGGAAAUGGUCGAGAUAGUGAUGCCUUUUGCGGCUUUCGACUUGCAGAUUGACUUUCCGUACAUCGAAAAUCCGAACUCGAGUUACUACUUCCCGCUGCAGAGAGCAACGAAUGACACGCAGUACACUCUUGGUCGCGCAUUCCUACAGGAGGCGUACCUUAUUGCGGACUAUGAGCGCCAAAACUUUACCGUGGCGCCCUGUACCUGGGAUGCCAAUGCGGUGAACAAGGCUGACAUCAAGACCAUUAUUAGCCCAUCGACAAAGCUCAACAGCGGUGGAGGUAACAUAUCUGUAGGCGCCAUCGUUGGUAUAGUUAUUGCGAUUGUGGCCAUCAUAGCCAUACUAGGAGUGCUCCUUUGGUGGCUCCGCCGCAGAAAGCAAGGCGAGAAGCGCCGUCUUGCAGAGUUGGAAGCCAAGCAUGGGCCGGAUGCGAAGGAUAGUCAGGACAGCGAAGGCAAACCUAUGAUUAGCCACCCGAUCGGCGGCGAGCUAGCGGGUGCUGAGGUUCAUGAGCUUACCGCACCGCACAAGCCGUUCGCACAGGAGUUGGACAGUCCGCACAAGCUAGAUCCCAACCUGGUGGGCUACAGCGAGGCGGAUGGAGGCGAGUAUUUCGGCCCUGGCAAAGGCUUUGCGCACGAGGCUCCAGGCAGUCAGUCGCACAUAUACGAAAUGCCUGGCUCUGAGGUGCAGGAAAUGCCUGCAUCGGAACGAGUGCACGAGAACAAGUAGGUCAACAUGGCAAAUGCAAGCGUUAUAGCAUGAGUGAUGGUCAGGCGCACGCGCAUCUCAAUCCGAUGUCUUAAUACAGCUUAAGUGCAUGACAAACGUACCCUUUGUUCAACGAGCGGUAUAUGCAACGCAUUCUCUCCCGAGAGCCACGCAAACGAUAGAUACCUC